AUGAAUAGAACGUGCACUCGGCGGCCGUUGGCGACGCGGAAAGUCAAUAAAUUCACGAACACAGCGCCAGACUGCCUCCUAUGUCCAAAUUGCUCCAAGAAGCAGGAAACUGGAGAAAGUCCAGAAACGAGUGAUUUAUUUAAGGAUUACAUUAAAUCCAUAAACUACAUAAAUACUUGCCACAGCUUCAUAAAUAAAAUUAUCGCGGAGAAGAAGAUCAAGACGGACGUCACGAUGCCGGAUCUACCAAAUUUCAUCAACAUUAUCAUCCACUUGGCUAAAACACACGAUUGCGUACACGAACUAGACAAUAUUCAAUCUCUGGACGAUAUAUGUACAGAAAUCAACUGCAAGAAAUUGGAAUCCGAUGGACUGGAUUUGGAAUCGGAAGAGGAAAAGUUAUUUAAAGGUUCGCAGAAGCAGGGGAGGAACUCCAGUAUUCCGAGACCGGUAGGAUCUGAGAAAGGAAGAGCAACGAGAUGCGCAGAUGAAGUUAGCAAAACCAGCAAAUCUUCCGUAAAUAAAUAUACCAAGAUGCCCGUAGAAAAAGAGAACACGAAUAAAAAGUCUGUAGAAGAGUUCAGGAAAUCGGUGGAGGAGAUGCGCCAUCAUAGGUCAACCGAUAAACUCAGAUCACACAAAAAAGAUGCAUUCAAUUUAUCUAAGAAGGAAGUGGAGGCGUUGGCCGGAGAUAUUUUAAGUAGUCCUUCGGAUUCCCAAAACACAACUCCCAGAACCACAUCAACGCAUUCGAGGAGCCGCAGUCCCAAGUUACGCAGAAAAUCGCAUACAAAAAUCACAUAUAAAACUAAGAGUGAACACAGCAUCAAGAACAUAGCCAAGUGCAAAUCGAAGAAAUCACCUCAGAAAGUUCCAAUUCCACCUUCAAAACGGAGGUCCGUUUCCAUUUAUGAUAGUAAAGAGGAAUUAGAGGACGAGGAAAAGCAUAGGUCACCAUCGAUGACACCGCGUAAACGAAUCCACUCGCCUACCAAAAGAAAGACCAAAUCGCAGCCAAUCUUAAUGAAAAACGAUAAAAUGGAGAAGGAUAGUUCACCUCCGGAUGAUAGUGACAUCGAACCGGACGAUCAGGAUCAUUUCGAAACUACAAGGAUAUUUAAACAGCGAAUGCCAAAAGUUAUCCCCGUAGAGCCCAAAUAUGUAGUUAAACAGAAACCCAACGAUUUCUUCAUGAAACGUCGCAAACCAUCGAUACAAGAUCUCCGCAGCGAGAGCGAAAUAGAUUUAGAUCAUGACCAAUCGGAAUCCGAUAUCGACGACGAUGCGUUUGAAAAACAAAGCUUCGAAGAAAAUGCUGUAAAGAAAGCUAUUAAAGUGUCCAGCUCGAGGAUGCUCACUAACGCAGUUUUAUCCAAUAUUGGAAUAUUGACGCAGAGUGGUAAAAUGAAACCAGAGAAGGAGAUUGAGCUGCAGAAGCUUAGGAGUUCUCGUGCCCAAGAUAAGCAGAACUCCUCAUUUAGACAACCGAGGAGCCGAGAGGACGUUUACAAUGAUGAAAUCGUUCAAAUCAAUUUACCCAAAAAGAGGAACUCGUCUUCGGACAUCAAAUCGGAUGAUGAGGAACAAGAGAUCGAAACGCACGAAUUGAACGUUUCUUUAACGAGAGCCUAUCGUUGCCAUUAUUAA